AUGCCUAUAUUCGUCGAUAAUUAUGCCGGGACUUGUCUUUUCCUGAUUGUUCUCGGCGUGAUCGCUCGAUCCCUCGUCGCUGUCAAGUCCGUGCUCGAGAGGCGCUGGAUCGAUGCCGAUCUUAAUAGUCGAUAUGUUGUCGUGAAAACGAAUCCAAAUAAUGAUGUUAGCAGCGAUGCAGAAUCCAGCAAAGGCAUUUUGACCGAGAAUGGGAUCGAGAAGGAUGUUAUGGUUGUGCGCCGGCACAUGAAAGGUGCGCCAACUUGGAGGAUCACUAUCGACGGACCCAGAGCUGCGAUCGAUACUGCGAUCGCUGGUGUAUUGUACUUGAUCAUGCUAUCUAUCAUGCCGAUGAAUGUGGGCUAUUUCCUCGCUGUCCUCGGUGGUAUAUUCCUUGGUAGUCUGGCCUUUGGGAGAUUCGGAGGUUUAACGCUCGGGGAUGCGACUCAGCACGCAUGA